GAAGUACCUCAUAAAUUUCUUACCCGUGGACGUAUUAUUGAGUCCAUUCCUGAUUUUGAACGUUUUAUACGACCAUUUUGCGCUACCUGCGAUGAAGUGAUGUUCCCUGAAUUUGAGGAUACAAGAUACUAUAAUUGUCCACAUGAUCUCACGUUUAUGUAUGACUUUUUAUUGCUGUUUGAAGAUAAACAUGGUGACACUCUUCCCGUAGUAGUCUCUGGGAAUGAAGCAGUCAGAUUUCUAAAAGGACUGCGACCAACCAGUGUCAUGCUAUAUGAAAACUCAAAACAAACAUUUCAAAACUUGAUUAGAAAGUUAUUAGCAGGUGUUAUAGACCAUGGUCAACCCACAGAAUUUUUUGAUUUCUGCGUUGAAUCUUAUUACUAUCCACGUG